AAGCCUUGCCAGCGCAGACGUGCGUGGCAGCCAUUCAGUCCUGGUGGUCACUGCCUGAACAGUGCUCAGGGUUGAUAGACCAACCAGUUCACGUAUUGAGAGGUUUGUGCUCCGGAGAGGCCACCAUGAGCCUCAGCCCAAUUCUUUUGCUCACCAUGGCUCUCCAAAUGUAUCCUCUGUUCCCCAGUGCCCUUGGCCUUCCCAUCUUCCCCAGCUCGCUCACAUCAAGGACAGAAAUCCGAAUCAAAGACCAGACACAGCCGCCGGUAGUGGCAGAGAGCCCGUUUUCUGAAUGGCCCGGCAGCACUGGCCUUCGCAGUCCCUGCGAGUGGGUCAGGCUCAGGACGGGUGUCGUUCCUGAGGGCCUGAAGCAACCGCCGGUGGUCGCAGAGAACCCGUUCUCGGAAUGGGCCAGCAGCAUCGGGCUCGGCAGCCUCCAAGACUGGAUCAGGGUCAGGACGGGAGGCAUUCCUGCAGAGCAGAGUCAGCCACCCGUUGUGGCCGAGAGCGAAGACUGUGAGCUGCUCUUCCCUCUGGACCAGCUUUGGGACUCCCUUGCCUGGGUGGACAUGUUCUGGCUUAUCUGCAAUGCCUCACCAGUUGUGUGCCUGCUCUGCAUGGCCUGGAUCACAGUUCGUCUCUGGAGAAAUGGGGAGAGACCCCAGGGACAGGGGAGGACACGGACGGCCUCAUCUUCCACGGGGACAGACGACUGGAAGUUGUGCACUUGCCGCAAAUACAAAUUGCUCUGCCGGCUGGAGGCCAAAGUCGCCCGGAUGAUCAGGGCCCUGAGGCGUGUCCAGCGCCGCCUCCAGCAACAGAUCCGGCUGCAGCGCGCCAAGAAGGUGGCGAAGGCAAAGGCAAGACGAGGAGAGCCUACUCUGUCUCCUGUGCAACUGCAGCCAGAGCCUGCACCGGUGGAUUUGCAAAAAGAAAGGAGUGUGUGAGGCACCCCAGAAGUCACUUUCAGAAGGAUACCAGCUCCCAACAGACUUCAUUUUACACAGAACUAUUUAAUAAACACAAAUAACUAGGAAUGGGGUUUAUCCAAAAUCAUCCAUCACUGUGGCAACAUUAUAAGCAGAGACGUCUGGGAAAACUGCUGGGAGCAGCCCAUUUGCUUGACCUUCUCGCAUUGUUCAAUAAAAUGUGUUGUUCCUGUAA